GAUUUAUGAUGUCCUGGGAUCCUGGCUGCUAAUAGCCAAACCUUGCCGUUCUAAUUUCAAACAAACAAAGCAGCAGAGGAACCACGCCUUUCAGAUGCCAGAAUGUUGGGGCUACUUCCAUGGCGUAAAUGGACCCUUUGCUCCAGAGUAUCUUAUAACAAGCCUUCCCCAUUCUUUGAGCAUCUUCCUCGUAUGCUCAAACACUCUCUGACUGGAGGGGAACAAGACGACAAUGUGAAGGACCCUCCAUUUUCUGCCGUCACCCCCAAAGCCCCAACACACCACAAAUCAGAGAAGAAGAAGAUUGCGAAAAGCUCACCGACUAAGAAUUCUAAAAAAUCUCCAGACUUUCCAUUGAUUUCUGAACUGCCGUUUGAUUUCCGGUACUCUUACUCGGAGACCAACCCGGCCAUCGAGCCUAUCGGUUUCCGCGAGCCGCCGAAAUUCUCUCCUUUUGGGCCUGGACGCCUUGACAGAAAAUGGACCGGGACUUGUGCUCCGGCGCCAUCUCCCGCGGACUUGGACAAAGUGGCCCAGGCGCGCCAAGCCGUUCUUGGAGAGCCGUUAACAGAGGAGGAAAUUGCCGAGCUUAUUGAGAAGUACCGGCACAAUAGUAACUGUUCUAGCCAAAUCAAUUUGGGGGUGGAGUGACACACAACAUGCUGGAAGACAUCCACAACCACUGGAAGAGGGCUGAAGCUGUUAGGAUCAAGUGCUUUGGUGUGCCAACUCUUGACAUGGAUAAUAUCUGCUUCCAUCUUGAGGACAAAUCAGGUGGCCAGAUUAUUUAUCGCCACAUAAAUGUGCUACUUCUAUUCCGUGGUCGGGGCUAUGAUCCAAAAAACAGACCAAUCAUCCCAUUGAUGCUGUGGAAGCCAUAUGCACCAAUUUAUCCAAAGCUAGUGAAGAAUGUUGCUGACGGCUUGACAUUUGAAGAAACGAAGGAAAUGAGAAGCAAAGGGCUUAGUUAUCCUCCCCUAACUAAACUUACUAGAAAUGGUGUCUAUGUAAAUGUGGUGGAGAAAGUCAGGGUGGCGUUUCAAACAGAAGAACUAGUAAGGUUAGACUGUUCCCAUGUGGGAACAAGUGACUGCAAGAGGAUUAGCGUUAAGUUACGGAUCCAUAUAUCUUGAGUGCAGGAUUUGGUACCUUGCGUCCCAAUCUUGGUCAAGGAUGAACAAGUUUUGCUAUGGAGGGGAAAGAGAGAUGAAGCUCAGAGGUCCGUCUUAUCAACGGAACAUGUAUCAGAGACAUGUUUGUAGAACACCUUUGCUCCCAUAUUAAAGACAUGUAGCCUCUUAAGCAAGUGUAAGGCAUGUUGUUAUCGUCCCAUGCUGAGCCAAAAAAUUGCAUAACUGAGAAAUACAGAAAUGAAGAAAGAAGAAAAGAAUAAAGAAGAGAAGGGAGAAUACGCAAAGACAAACCUGAUGAGCAGUUGCGAGUCUUGUGACUUGAUUCCUAUGUUUUUUGUCUCUUUAAGCCAUUCAGAUUUAUCCUCUUUAAGCUCAAAUUUGUCUUUUUCAUUACAAAAAACGGCUCAGGUUCAUGGUUCAAAUUCAAAUCAGAUGACGAAAUGAAUAUGGGUGACGCGGUGAGUGUCUUAAUCGAUGUCAGCUGUGCCUCAGUUUUGUUAUGUACAUCUCAGGUUUUUGUAGUACCCAAUGUAUUUUGACAAUCUUACACAAGAAGUUCCCAGCGAAGGACUGGACUAAGAAAGAAUUCCUAACUACGUAGUGACAGUCUAGAUCUUCUUUUCCCCUUUCCUUUCAUCUCUUGUCAUAUAUAUUGAAAUUUGAUCACGUGCGAUUUCUAGAAAUCCAUGUUGAGCUUGUUGGUUUUGGACUGAACUUUGUGUUGCUUGCUUUGAUGUAUCCCAUUUUUUGAUGAAUGAUUGUAGGUCGUGUUACAUUAUUGUGUAAAAAAAUGAUUUGUGUUAUUUGUAUAUGUAACCUUCGU